AUUGGAGUUGGCCAAAAUCGGCUGCAAUUGUUUUUUCUCCUGGGGUCCGAGCGGUAGCUUUCUGAAAAUCCGAAAACCGAAGCGAGGAGGUUCUGCGUUUUUCUGUGUGGGUGUGGGAGGGAGAGCGAGAGAGAGAGAGAGAGAUGCCGAAGAGGACGACACACACGUACUCGAGCGAAGACGCAGCUCCUGACGGUCCCGACUCCGAUCUCUUUGUUUACUACUGCAAGCACUGCAGCUCUCACGUCCUCAUCACUGAUACCCAGUUGCAGAAAACACCGAAGAGGAAGACGGACCGGGCAUGUGUGUUGGACAAGACGAAGCAUCUUGCUCGACUGAAUGUACAAGAGGCUGGCAAGAUUCUCUUGAAACGGGGUGAGGGUAAGCUAGAGAAGCAAUUUCGCAUGAACUGUAUAGGUUGCGGCCUGUUCGUCUGCUACCGAGCUGAGGAAGAUCUGGAAACUGCUUCACUCAUUUAUAUUGUAGAUGGGGCACUGAGUACUGUUGCUGCGGAAACAAAUCCCCAGGAUGCUCCCGUUCCCCCCUGCAUAUCACGGUUAGAGGGAGGACUUGUUCAAGUGGCUAUAGAAGUGGAAGCUGGGGCACAACGCUCUGCAAUUACAAGAGUGAAUGCUGAUGAUGUUCGAGUAACAAUUGCUGCACCUGCAGCCCGGGGAGAAGCUAACAAUGAACUAUUGGAGUUCAUGGCAAAAGUGUUGGGUCUGAGGCUUAGCCAGAUGACACUACAGCGGGGGUGGAACAACAAAUCGAAGCUCCUUGUGGUCGAAGACUUGUCGGCAAGACAGGUGUACGAGAAGCUACUUGAAGCUGUGCAACCUUGAAGUUGCUUCAUUGAGGCAUUUUUAAAACUCUCAACAUUUUUGUACUAAAAAAUUGCUGUUAUUCAUGCAAUUUUUAAUUUAACCCUCUUGUAAAAGUACUUCACCCUCGAUGGCCAAAGGGCACAAAGGGAUGGUUCGUGAGAUUAUCAGGGUAAAAGCAGGAGCAUCCUUUUGAAGCAUUUUG